UGAUGGACCAUGGAGAGCAUCUCCCACUGCCCCAUGCACCGUGAGUUGUGGUCUCUGGCAUUGGCAAGCCCUCCACUUAUCUGAAGGGAUCCCCCAGAUCAAUGCAGACCCUUGCACACAGCUGCAAGGGGAAUUAUCCAGUGAAUGCCCUAUCUAAUGCUGCAGGUAAAACCCAGGGAGACAAGUACUGCCAGACACUGCAGUGACAGGCAAGCAAGUAGUUCCCAGAUGCUCAGAAGGUCCCAGGACAAGGAGCCAGGCCCAGGCUUCCAGACUGGGGACAGAGAGGAACACUAGGACAUGCCCAAGGUCCUGCAGAAAGUCAGUGGCAGAGCUGAGGGUUUGAAUCCAGCCCUGCCCAGUCCAUGCCCUCUUCUUGUCCAUGCUGACGCCCUUGUCCUGGAAAGCCUCCAGUGGCUCUUUUGCCAAGAAGAGGCCAGUUGGGCUUCUCCUAGGAUACAACAGACAUGUCCUUCAUUGUCUGUUGGCAGCUCCCUUGACUCAGUUGGCUUCUGGCAGCUGGAAAAAGCCCCUCCCUGCCCUGCCUAAGAAUAGCACGGGGCUCACUGCAAAAAUAGCACAGAGUCUUGCCAUGAUGCUGGAGAGCCCCGGGAGGAGCAGCAAUAAUGUGUCCUUAGCUCUUGCUUAGGGGGUCAGACUCUCAGCUGGGUAGAAAUGGGCUUUGAAAUGGAUGGGUCGAUUUUUGUUUCCAUCACCUGAGGCCUUGCACCUCUGGCAGGUGUCUCGCACUCUCCAGGCACUCUGAUGCAGCUACAUUGCACCUUUGCAAUGAGAUGGGUCCUCUCCUCCCACAGCCCAGCGCUCGCUGCCCUUCUCUGCAGUUGGGAGGGCACAUUACCCAUGCCAGCAACUUGCCCAAAGCCACUAACACUUUCCCAGCUGGAGCUGGGGGCAAGGUAGCGUGUCAAGCUGAUGCCACUAGCCUGCCAUGGUCUGGUGUCUGGGGAUGGAAUAAUAGGCAGCAAGGAGCAAUAAUAACCUUUUGGGGUUGCUCAGCCGAUGGCAAUAGCUGUCAGGCCAUGCAGCGGGCUCCUCCUUUAUUGCAACCAUCAGAGUACGGCUGGCCUGGUGCAUUGUGGGAGAAUCCCUGUUCCUUAAAGCAAACAGAAGCACUUUGGUCAGUGCCCUUUGGUCCCCAGAAAAGCCAAGAGGGGACCUUUUCCAGAGUGGCGGAUCAGCCCCGCGACCGUGGCCGCGACCGUGGCCACGUCAAAAUGGUGUUGACAUUUUCUCUGAAUUCCCGGCCUCUGUGGCUGCGAAUAAAGACAGGCUUGUUAGCCAGGGCCGCCCUGUUUUGCCCAGCAGAACAAUACAGGGAAAGAUGCUCACAAUGGGAAAUUGUGCUUCCUUCUUUCUCGUGCAUUCGGGGGGGAGGUUAUAUAAAAAAAAAGAGAGAGAAAGGGAAAGGCAGGCGCACAAACUGUUUACUGGGCUUGCUGUGGAGGGCGGGAGCCAGAGCCGGGAGGAGUUGCAGUCCACUGGGGGCCAGGAGGCUGUUCAGGACAGAGGAUAAAGCCUCUCCCAGUAGAGAUUGGUUUCCUUCCCUGUCCCCGAGCGGGCCAGCCUGAUAUGGAGCCUGUGCCACCCGAUGCCAAUCGAUGCACUUGCUCGCCAUGACGGGAGCCUGGAGCUACCCCAGCCACUGAAUCCAGCAUCCCCGGAGCAGCAGGCAAGCUCCUGGGCUCCUGCUUCACUAUGCACCAGCUUCUGCUGCUGGCUUCUGCCUAUCUCUCCUCCCUGCCUGCUGCCUUCACCAUUUACCAGAAGGCAACUGGGAAUCCAGCGGCUGCCCCGCGCCUGCAGUACCUGCUGGAACCGCUGCACGAGGUGGUUCACACCCAGCGCGGUGCCACGGUCACCCUGCCCUGCGUGCUGCGCUCCCUGCCCCCCAGCUACAAGGUGAAGUGGAGCAAGGUGGAGCCAGCCGACUUCCUGGAGAACAUCGUCCUCAUCACCAAUGGGGCUCAGCACAAGAACUACGGGCACCUGGGCGCCCGGGCCCGCCUGCGCCGCGGCCACCGCCUCGAUGCCUCCCUCACCAUCACCAACGUGGCGCUGGAGGACGAGGGGCGCUACCGCUGCCAGCUUGUCAAUGGCUUGGAGGACGAGAGCCUCUCCCUGAGUCUGCAGCUGGAGGGUGUCGUCUUCCCCUACCAGACGGGCAACGGGCGCUACAAGUUCAACUACUUCGAGGCCAAGCGGGCAUGUGAGGAGCAGGACUCCCGGCUGGCGACCUACCAGCAGCUGUACAAAGCUUGGACCGAAGGGCUGGACUGGUGCAACGCAGGGUGGAUUCUCGAUGGCACAGUCCACUACCCCAUCAUCAACUCCCGUGAGCCUUGUGGGGGACGCCUCCUCCUCCCGGGCAUCCGGACCUAUGGGGCCAAAGACAAGCAGAAGGACCGGUUCGAUGCGUUCUGCUUCACCUCCGCCAUGAAAGGCCGGGUCUACUUCAUCCGUGGCCACCUCAACUUCAAGGAGGCCGGGCAAGCCUGCCGCAAUCACGGCGCCACCAUCGCCAAGGUCGGGCAGCUCUACUCAGCGUGGAAGUUCUCCCAGCUGGACCGCUGUGAUGGGGGCUGGCUGGCUGACGGCAGCGUGCGCUAUCCCAUCACCAUCCCCCGGGCCCGCUGUGGAGGCCUCCCAGACCCCGGCGUCCGGAGCUUUGGUUUCCCCAACAAGGAACAGAGGACGUAUGGGACCUACUGCUACUCGGUGAAGUAGGGGUUGAGGGAGGGGACGACAGGACAUGCAGCUGGGGGGUCUCUGCCCUUCAUGCCUGGCUACCCACCCAGGGCAUGAGAUGUGCAUCUUGCAUACGUACUUCUCUGUCCCAGUGGGUCUCCAUUCAGUUUGCGGUUCACUCGCACUGGUCCAUAAGCAUCCAUUUUAGCAGGACACAGAUGACUCCCCUCCACUCCUGUGGCCAGGGUCCACGGACUCUCUGCCUUGCUCUGGGAAGAAAGUCUGGUCUCCGCUGCUGGGAAUCUGGCCUGAAUUUCACCCCUCAGUUUGGGGGCUCAGGGCCACUUUGCCCUGAAUUUGGUUGUUUGGGUUUUUUUGAGCAUGCAAAUGUUACAAAUUAACAAGUUUGACUAAUUGAAUUUGUCCUUGUAAUUUAAUAAAAUGAUGGUAAAUCUGC